GACAAAAAAGAGAGGAAAAUCCGCCAUCGCCAUUCCUGAUAGCUCGCGAGCUUUCUGCUCUCGCCAUGGCCGCCGCUUCUUCGGCACUCUUCUCCACCGCCGUCAACUGCCCCGCCGGCGUCGCCAAAGCCGGAUCCCUCGGGAGCUCCCGGCCGAAACCCACCUCGCAUCUCCUCCGUUUCCGGUGCCUCCAGCGGCGGAGCCCCCGAAUUCGCGCCGCCGUUUCGGUUUCGGACCCUCGCGUGGCGGACGCCGGUCGCCCCGACGACCUCGUCGCCUCCAUUCUCUCCAAGGUGUUACAAUCUGAUGGCGGAGUUUCACUUGAAAGAGAAGAGCACAAACAGGUAGCUGAAGUUGCUCAGGAAUUGCAGAAGUACUGUGUGAGUGAACCAGUGAAGUCGCCUCUUAUAUUUGGAGAAUGGGACGUCGUCUACUGUUCAAAUCCAACAUCGCCUGGUGGUGGCUAUAGGAGUGCACUGGGUCGGGUUUUCUUCAGAACCAAUGAAAUGAUUCAGGGUCUCGAGGCUCCGGACACUGUGAGGAACAAGGUUUCCUUCCGUGCUUUGGGCUUCAUUGAUGGAGAGGUCUCGUUGAAAGGGAAAUUGAAGGCUCUUGAUGAUAGAUGGAUUCAAGUCAUAUUCGAGCCGCCUAAAGUGAAGGUGGGAGAGAUGGAGUUCCAGUACGGCGGAGAGAGUGAAGUCAAAUUGCAGAUCACAUACAUAGAUGAGAACAUCAGGUUGGGCAAGGGAUCCCGAGGUUCGCUGUUUGUUUUCCGACGGUGCCAAUAAAAAUGUCGACUUUGCGGUGAUGAGAUUCUCGGAAAGUUUUGUUGCUCGAACUUUGUUGAACGUCUGCAGCAAAAUGCUUGUAGCGGACCUUGAACUGGUCUUCAAUGUGGACUCGCCUCGGCAUUGCUAGUUGGUACUACGGGAAUACGUGGGUGCACAAAUUUGCUGUGUAUUAAGUA